CACAGAUCUGCCUCCACUGCCAACCCUAGCGACUCUAGGGUUUCUGCCGACACAUCAGAAGACCACCGAGAUAGUCAUCUGUGGGCAGUCCGAAAAACCUUGCUGUUCAGUUUGCUGCUGCAAUUUUCGAGGUCAGUUCUGGUUGUUUGUCUCAAUCUGUUCUCACGUGUUCUCUGGUCAGAUCUGGGAUACUCAGAAGAGAUGAUGUCUGAGGACGGAAAGAUCAGGAUAGAGAAGUUUGAUGGGCAAGAUUUUGGAUGGUGGAAGAUGCAAGUCGAGGACUUGCUAUGUCAGAAAGAUCUUCUUCCAUGUUUGACAGGUCAGAAACCCGAGAAGAUGAAGGAUGAAGAAUGGGCUGACUUGGAUAGAAAAGCCCUAGCCGUCAUCAGGUGCACUUUGACAAAGAGUGUGGCUUUCAACAUCGUGAAAGAGACCACUGCUCGUGGGGUUAUGACAACGUUGUCAAACAUGUAUGAGAAACCUUCCGCGUCAAAUAAGGUAUUCUUGAUUAGACAGUUAGUUAACACUCGUAUGCGGGAAGGUGGUUCUGUUACUACUCAUAUCAAUGUUUUCAAUACCAUUAUAUCCCGUUUGCUAUCAGUAGAUAUCAAAUUUGAUGAUGAGGUACAAGCUUUGCUUCUUUUAUCUUCUUUACCGGAUAGUUGGUCAGGAUCAGUCACGGCUAUUAGUGGUUCAGCUGGAAACACCACACUCACGUUUGAGGGAAUCCGUGAUUUUAUCUUAGGAGAAGACAUCAGGAGAAAGAAUACAGGUGAACCAUCAAGUUCUCUGCUGAGCACUGAGGGAAGAGGUAGAAAGAAAGAGAGGAGAAACAGUUACAGGGGAAGAUCUAAUUCUCAAUAAAUCUCUUUUAUGAGAAUUUUUGAAACAACUCAAAUUGAAAAUAUAAAAAAUUUACUUUAGGAUAAAUGGAGUAUCAUCUAUACUCCCCCGGUCUCAAAUACGCCUCUCAUCUCUAACAUAGCCUCUUAGUUUUAAAAUUAAAGAAAAGUCAUAGUUAUUAUUUUAUUUUCUUUCAAACGUCACAGUUAUUAAUUAGUGUGCUAGACUAUAUCUUUUUUUUAAUAUAUCUGUUCAUUGAUAAUUUAAUCAAAUGGUAAUAUGGUA